UAAUCGGCCUACAAUUUUACCCAGAGAUCGACUUCUCAGGUUGUCCUUGUCCCCUGCUGCAGCCCGGGGGGGAAAUAGUUAAUAGUAAAUGGUUUGUGUCAUCAACGUUAAAGCAUGAUGUUACUUUCCUGCUCGGAGAUGCGCUCGGCCACAUUUUAAGACGAAGUAGAAGAGUAGAAGUUCUAGUCUUAUCACAAUUCUAGGCGAAGAGGCGCUGCCUGACAGGAUAAACGGAGGGACAACUUCCUCCUGGCCCGGUGUUUAGGUGGCGGAAGAUGGCAGACAGCGGAGCCGUGGCGGCCAGAAGAUGUGACUCCGGCUCGGUGUCCUCCGUCAGCAUGGACACCAUCUCUGCGCUGACGGAGCUGGAGGAUCUGGAGAGAGUUUACCAGCAGCUCUGCGCGGAGGAGAAAGAAGUGGAAGUGGAGCUGGACAGACAGAUGGGGCAGGAGGGGGCCAUUCACACAAAGAUGCUGGCACUGCAGAGGAUGGGGCCCAACCUGCAGUUGAUCGCAGGAGAUGCCCGUCAACUGUCUGGCAUGAUCACAUUUACCUGCAGCCUGGCUGAAAACGUGAGCCGCAAAGUCAGACAGCUAGACCUGGCCAAGACUCGGUUGUAUAACGUCAUCCAGCGUGCCGAUGAUAUCCUGGAUCUGAAGUUCUGCACGGACGGCGUCCAGACGGCUCUGCGCAACGAAGAUUAUGAACAGGCAGCUGCUCACAUCCAUCGAUACCUUUCUCUGGACCAGUCGGUUAUUGAGCUGAGCAGGCAGGGAGAAGAAAGCAGUGCUGUGGAUGCCAGUCUGGUCAUGCUGCAGGAGGCAGAACAGAAACUAAAGGUCAUAGUUGCUGAGAAGCUUGACGAAGCUGUGGCUGCAGUUGACCUUGCGCAGGUGGAAAGGUUUUUCAAGAUCUUCCCUCUGCUGGGCCUCCACCAGCAGGGCCUGGCUCGCUUCGGUCAAUAUCUCUGCAGUCAGCUUGCCUUCAAAGCUGAGGAGAACCUGCUUCUAGCUACAGGAGGAGACCUGGGUGAGAAGAGAGCACUGCUGGUAUUUGCAGACACUCUGACUCUGCUGUUGGAAGGCAUUGCUCGUGUCAUCGAGACUCAUCAGCCUAUAGUGGAGACGUAUUACGGUCCAGGGCAUCUGUACACGCUCAUCACUCAUCUGCAGCAGGAAUGUGACCGACAGGCUCAGAAAAUAGUCGACAAGUUCAUCCAGCAGAGAGGAUACCACAACAAGUUCCAGAUCGUACAGAGCAGCAUGAUGAAGAGCGUCCCAGGGGAGAUAAUCGAGCCCAGGGAACUGGACCCAGUACUGUCAGAAGUAACCCUGAUGAACGCACGGGCAGAGCUCUACCUGCGCUUUUUGCGUCGUCGCAUGAUGGCGGAUUUUGAAGUUGAAGAUGCUCAGAGCAUCACACAGGAGCAUCAUCAAAAUGUGGAGAAGCUGCUGAAACAUUGUCUGCUGAGCACGACAAUGCAGGAGCUGAUUGGCUACUAUAUUCCAAUGGAAGAAUACUACAUGAGGGAGUCGGUCAACAAGGCUGUUGCCAUGGAUACAUAUGAAAAGGGACAGCUGACCUCCAGCAUGGUGGAUGACUGUUUCUACAUUGUGAAGAAGUGUAUCAGCAGAGCUUUGUCCAGCUCCAGCAUCGACUGCCUGUGUGCCAUGAUCAACCACGCAAACUCUGUGCUGGAGUCUGAUUUCAGGGAGGUGUUGUACAAUAAGCUGCGUCAGGGCUUCCCGGCUACGACGCUUCAGGACAUCCAGCGUGGUGUCAGCAGCGCAGUCAGUAUGAUGCAGAGCAGCCUGCAACAGGGCAAGUUCAACACUAUGAGCAUCGAGAGCGCUGAACACGCCAAGGCUGCGUUUCUGGUGACUCUUAAUAACGUGGAGGUGUGUAGUGAGAACAUCACGACUUUGAAGAGGAAUCUAGAGAACGACUGCUCCAAGUUGUUCAGUCAGGGGGGCGGGUCUGGUGACCAAGCAAAGAUUGAGAGCUGUUUGUCCGACCUCGUCAACACGUCCACAAAGUUCAAAGACUUCUUACAGGAAGGUCUGACUGAGUUAAACACAACAGCAGUAAAGCCUCAGGUCAAACCUUGGAUCAGCAGCUUCCUGGCAAUCUCACAUAACAUAGAGGAGGAGGAGUUCAACGAUUACGAAGCUAAUGAUCCCUGGGUGCAGCAGCUCAUUGUCAACGUGGAGCAGCUCAUGGCAGAGUUCAAGACGGCCCUCUCUCCUGUCAUCUACGAAACUCUCACCAGCCUGAUGACCAGCUUGAUAUCUAUCGAGAUGGAGAAGACCGUCCUCAAAUGCUCAUUCAGCAGGCUUGGUGGGCUGCAGUUCGAUAAAGAGCUCCGGUCUCUUGUGGCGUACCUCACCACCGUGACCACCUGGACCAUCAGGGAUAAGUUUGCUCGUCUCACACAAAUGGCCACCAUCCUCAACUUGGAGCGGGUUACCGAGAUCCUGGAUUACUGGGGGCCUAACUCAGGCCCCCUGACAUGGCGGCUGACCCCGGCGGAGGUGCGUCAGGUUCUGGCACUGCGUAUUGACUUCAGAAGUGAAGACAUCAAGAGGCUGAGACUGUAACUCAUUAGCCAGUUUCCUGGUUAUCAGUGACUGUUGUGCAGUACCCACCUUGUGAUGCAUUUCUCUAAAGAGCUCUGCACAAUCCAGGUUUUAAUCCAUGUUCCUGUAAAUGGAUGUUGGCCGGGGCGCGGGCAAAUGGCUUUGGAUUUUUUUAAAUAUUAGUAUUAUUAUUAUUUUGGGAAACAAUAAACGUUUAAAUACUCUUUUAGGAGAUUUCAGUCUGGUUUUCAAACUGCCUUCUGUUCCACAAAAUGUCAGCCUGAAUUAGAGCUUCUGCUCGUGUUUUUUUGUGCCAGAGCUUGUGGUUACGUGGCAGGAACGGCAAACUAUUAGUGAACUGUAAAACAUGAGAAUAUUCUAUUAAACGUGUAAUUAAAAGUG